AACAAACUUACUUUCUUUUUCUUUUCUUUUGAAUGAGUUCAAUUCAAUAUCAACAACAACAAACACCUUUCAAUCAUAACCAGCCGUAUGAUGUCAUGAAUCCUACGGCAUAUCAACAGCAACAUUUGAUGACAAUGCAACAAGCUCAGUUUGAACGUAUUCGUCAAGUUCAACAACAAGCUGCCUUGCAACAGCAAAGAGCUUUAUUUCAUCAACAAAUGAUGUACUAUCAACAACAGCAACAGUGCUCGCCUAAUCAAUUAGAGUUUAAUGGCGUUGUAGGUGAUUCGUUUGAUCUUAUGACAGCUGCAGACCAAGUUUAUUCUUCCGACAUGUCUUCUCCAACAAGUGCUCAUUUGAACAAAGAAAUCAUGGCCGUUUCGAACUCAAAGGCUCAAAGGAGAGCCGAGCAUAAUGCCAUUGAACGUGCUAGACGAGAAUGCCUUAACACCAAGUUUCAACAAUUAGCCCACUCUUUACCUAACUUGCAAAACGAUCGUCGUCCUUCCAAGGGCACUAUCAUUGAACGUACUUUGGAAUACGUCAAACAAACAGUUCAAAAAGAAGAACGGUUCAAGAGCGAAAUUGAUCAACUUCGCCAAGCUAAUGAGGAGUUAAUUUCUCAAAUGACAAGUGAACAAGACGACGAAUACUUGGAAAGCAUCGAAGAAUACGAAGAAUCAACCCCUGGAUGUGAUGACAACUUUAGUAGCCGAUCUUCUGUCACUUCCGUCUCUUCUAAUCAGCUCUAUCUUUCUGAUCAACACUGUGAUACUCAAGAUUAUUUUAUGAACAAAGUUAUAUAG